CUCGUGCCCCGACGAGACGGGCAGGUAGUGAUGAGGCUGAAGUCCGCGGCGGAGCGAUCUGCGCGACGACAAAGACACGAGAUGUUGGUAGCAGGGAGAUCCCAUUACAGCAGGCGCAUGUUGUAAUAUGGUCGAAACAAAAGCGUAAGAAGCGAUAGGCCUGUCAUCCAAAAACUAUAUCGACACAUUUCUUAAAAACCCAGUCUGGCUAAUCGCAGUAACCUUUAGUGGACUUAUAGGCUACUCGCGUGGGAAAUGGAGAAGAAAAGGUGGGAUUGCACUGCUCUCCCCAAGGGCUGGAAAAUGGAAGAAGUGACCAGAAAGUCGGGUUUGUCAGCUGGAAAAAGCGAUGUCUAUUAUUUUAGUCCAUCUGGGAAGAAGUUUCGGAGCAAGCCUCAGCUGGCCCGUUACCUUGGUAACCAGAUGGACCUCAGCUCCUUUGAUUUCCGCACUGGGAAGAUGCUGAUGAGCAAGCUGAACAAGAACCGCCAGAGGCUUCGGUACGACAACAACAACCAGAACAAGGGGAAGCCUGACCUGAACACAUCGCUUCCAGUCAGACAGACGGCCUCCAUCUUUAAGCAGCCUGUUACCAAGGUGACCAACCAUCCCAACAACAAAGUGAAGACAGAUCCUCAGAAAGCCGUCGACCAGCCCAGACAGCUCUUCUGGGAGAAGAAACUCAGUGGUCUUAAUGCGUACGACAUUGCAGAGGAGCUGGUGAAAACAAUGGAACUACCUAAAGGCUUGCAAGGUGUUGGUCCAGGCUGCACAGACAAAACUCUCCUGUCGGCCAUAGCGAGCGCUCUCCACACCAGCGCUGCUCCCAUCACUGGGCAGCUGUCUGCUGCUGUGGAGAAGAACCCGGGAGUCUGGCUCAACACUGCACAGCCACUGUGCAAGGCCUUCAUAGUCACAGAUGAGGACAUCAGGAAACAGGAGGAGCUGGUGUACAGUGUGAGGAAAAGGCUGGAGGAGGCGCUCAUGGCUGACAUGUUGGCCCACGUCGAGGAGGCUGCCAGUGAAGGAGAAGCUGUGAAGGAGGAGGGCAACGGCAGUGAAGACAUGGAGAGCGUAUAGCACAGGUUUUUAGCAAACUCCGGCUGGGCGCGUCCGACGCCCGCGCCACCGUGAACAGUAGGGCCCCUAUUCCAGUCCAGCCCCCGGGAACUGUCCUCCAGUAUCGACGUCCACCUUAAACCUAAACCCGACUAACUCCAGUGCGGCUUGAAGAGCUGUCGUCCUUCACCACACCACAAACCAACACGAGCCCUUAAUGCAUCUAUUCAUCACCAACUCCACUGGAUGGGACUCCUCCACCGUGUUUCUGAGCCCUGGUGAAUUUUGGACGAGGACCUUUUUAAAACUAAAAUUAAGAAUCAUGAAAUCACGUGAAAUGAACUCUCAAAUGUUAAAAAAUCUCCACAGUGCGUUCGCUUCGUGUUCAGUAAUAAGUGUAUUUUUUACUAAACGUCUUUGUAGUUUUUGUGACAAUCAUGUCAAACACACGUCAGUCAGCAGGAGGUCGAUUCGUUUGCUGUUCUAUUUCGUGCAGAUCGGGAACAAACGUUUUUUGUAUUUUUGGGGCAUCUCUUUCUUGAAUUUGUACGAUGCACUCCGCGAGUAAUCUGAACCAACAAACGCAGAUUUUCUUUUUCUAGUGGACUGAGUAUACAGAGUAGAGUUGAUUUUAAUAGGGGCCUACCUGUGGGCAGCCGAUGUUACUUAACACAGAUGGCAUAGUUGCUGUAUCUAUUGGAGAUUGGAGUGGACAGAGUUUUUAUUGUUGCGAUUUCAAGGAAAUAUUAUCUUUUAUGUCAGCUGUAUUGUCCUAUGAGUCAUGUUCAGUAUUGACCAAAGAGGGGACACGUUUUCACCGUGAGUAUAAUGGCCCUGUUGUUAUACAACGAAACUUAAGAAAGCUAAUAAGUGUACAUGAUGGUGCUGAGCCAGAUGGGAGAGAAAUGACCUCUUUCGGUUAAACAGUUUUUAACACUCAUCAUUGUUUUAGGUGCUCUCUGAUGUUGUGAGACAAAGCUAUUCAAGACUUUGCUACUGUCACAGCUUCAGCUGGGGUUUUUUUUUUUGUUUGUUUUUUUUCUAUCAAUGUUACCACACACAUGCUGCUUCCUCUGAAACCCACUCACAGAAAUUGGUGACACCGGAAAUUACAGUAAAAUUGAGUUUGAAGCCUUCUCGCUUAAUACCUGAGGAUUUGUAUUUUAUAUCCCUGAUAAAUGAAUUCUGAAUGCAUUUUAAACCAUGAAAUUCCCUUCACAAUGUCAGCAGGCUGAUUGCUGUAACGAAUUUGAUUGUAUGACUUAUUAAAAUACAUCAAGAUGUCACAAAA